AUGUGCACGCAUGUGACACUCAUUGCUAUCCACAAACCAUCUUCUUCAGUCACAACCCCAGCAUUGCCUGACAAAUUGUCGAAAACGAUUGCCACUUCCUCAAGCUACGCUGCGACGGUGGUACUGUCUAAUCCACGAUGGGUUUUACGCUCGCAGAAUUUAUCCACAGGUCAUACUCUUAACGAAGCAGUACAAAAAGAAGCCCUGCCGGUGCCGAGAAAACAUCUGCCUCCAACUGUUUACGCUGCCAAAGCUUGA